AUGGUCCAGCGCCGCCGCUCCACCCUUUCCUUCCGACCAAAGACAUCGCACGCCGCUCUCGAAAGCCACGACGCGACCGCCCCCACGCUGCCCCGUCCGCCCAAGCGCACCCAGAGCCAGGUCUUCGGCUCCCUCGACUCCGACGCCGACGUGGGCUCAUGGCGCAGCAGCCACCAUGCCACUGCUGAGAAAGAGGCCAAGCUCUCCCACGAUCCCCAGACCCACAGCCGUCGCGCCUCAACUCUGCAGAAUCUGGAGCUCGCCAUCCAGUCGGUCAAGGAAUUGGUGAGGAGCGCCUCGUCGCGCUCGUCGAUGCCGCCUGCCAACACCAUGCCCUCGCAGGCCCGCCGCGCAGAGACCAUGUCGCCGUCGCUACCCCACGAACUCGAUCUGGCCGAAUCCUCGGCUUCGCACGCCGCCUCGUCCAGCUCGUCGCAGCAGGUCAAACAACCCGGCACUCUUAGGCGAUGGGCCAGCGCUCGCAGGUCCAAGCCAAAGUUCAGACGGCCCGCUGUUUCGGGGCCCGCGAACGAUCGCUGGAAUCCCGUGCCGCCGCCUGGUCUCGCGUUCCCCCCGUACAUCAACUAUGAAGGCGGCCAGGCCGCUCGCGACUCUGCUUCUCAGUUCAACUCUGCCCUGAACGGCACCGGUGUCUAUCUCUCGAGGAGCUUGUCGAAGAUGUCGAAUGCCGGCAUCUCCGAGACAGACAGCGUCAUUGGUGACGACCAAGGUCCCCUCCUGUCACCGCAGCCAAUCAGGAAAGACUUUGUGUCCAUCCUUCCGCGUGAGCUGACAGAGCACGUGUUUUCCUUCCUCGAUGCCGCGUCCCUUGCUAGCUGCGAGCGCGUGAGCAAGCCUUGGCAUGCCACGGCUUCGUCCCGACACGUCUGGCGUGAGAUCUUCAACCGGAGAUUUGAGCAAAGAAUCCAUGUGGACCCGCCACCGCUUCAGAUGGGCGGCGUCGGUGCCGGCCUGAUUACUCCUGGCCAGGACUGGAAGAGCAUGUACCGCAUUCGCAAGACGAUUGAGCGACGCUGGCUUUCGUCGCAUCCCGCGGCCAUUUACUUCAACGGUCACACUGACAGCGUGUACUGUUGUCAGUUUGACGAGGAGAAGAUCAUCACGGGGUCGCGUGAUCGCACGAUCCGAGUGUGGGACCUUAAAACAUACCGGUGUCUCAAGGUCAUCGGCGGCCCGCAGGCGCGGCCCGUCGCUAACACACCUGCUCCUUUGGAGACAAAGAGGCAAUAUACUCAGAGCAACAUUCCUUCUCUCAACGGCACCCCAGAGGGCAAUGCCAUCUACCAUGAACCCGCCUACUACCAUUCCGCCAGUAUUCUUUGCCUGCAGUUUGAUGAUGAAAUUAUGGUCACCGGGUCCUCGGACAGCACUUGCAUCGUCUGGAACGUCAAGACCUGGGAACCCCUGUGGCACCUCCACGCGCAUCAGGCCGGUGUGCUCGACGUGUGCUUUGACAACCGCUACAUCAUCUCGUGCAGCAAGGACAACUCGAUUUGCAUCUGGUCGCGGCACACGGGUGAGCUGCUCAAGCAACUGCGCGGGCACACUGGCCCGGUGAACGCCAUCCAGAUGCGGGGCAACCUGCUGGUGUCGGCUAGCGGCGACGGCACGGCCAUGAUCUGGGAUCUGGAGAAGCGGCUGUUCGUGCGCGAGCUCCGCAGCGGGGACCGCGGUCUCGCAGCUGUGGAGUUCAGCGACGAUGCCAAGUACGUGCUGGCCGGAGGUAACGACCAGACGGUCUACAAGUUCGACAUCAGCACGGGCAACGUUGUCAAGAAGUUCACAGGGCACAACGGGCUGGUGCGGUCGCUGUUCCUGGACACGCCGAACAAGCGCGUCGUGUCAGGGUCAUAUGACCAGAGCAUCCGCAUAUAUCACUACGACACUGCUGAAGAGAUCUCCGUCUACGAUAACUGGACCACAAGCUGGAUCCUCAGCGCUAAGAGCGACUAUCGCCGUGUCGUGGCGACGAGCCAGGACGGCAGGGCGCUGCUGCUGGAUUUCGGCUAUGGCAUCGAAGGCGUUGAGAUCCUCGCAGGCACGCCCAUUGCACGCUCAAGGUGA